AUGCAAAAGAAAAUUGACGAGUUAUGGACGAAUGUUGUAUGGGCUAGUGAUGAGGUUAAGUAUGAUCAAAGGUUGAGCCAACUUGAGCAGGCGUGUGUUGAUUGUAAUGAAUUUAUUGAUUAUGUGAAGGAUACAUGGUUGACACCAUAUAGACAAAGAUUUGUUGGAGCAUGGAUUAAUCGAGUGCUACAUUUGGGUAACACUACGACUAAUCGGGUUGAGUCUGCUCAUUAG